AUCCAGAUCGAUGAGGCCGAGGUGAAGAACCACAAUCGAACUACGCUGCAGCAAAGUUUGUUUGUUUUCUGUUUUGACCUUUAAGCCUCAUUACGCGCUCUGAUCCUCCUCCUCUCCAAAGCCAAGAAGAUGCCCAAAACCUUACCGUGCGCAUGGUCCUUCUUGUGGAUGGCAUCUUUGGCUUCUUUAGUGCUACAGUCGGUCCUCUCUUCCUCCUACUCCUCUUCCUCCUCCUCUACAUAUCAGAGACCUGCUAUCGGUGGAAAGCGACCGGGCUUCAUGGAGAGGACGCUGGUUCUCCUGGACGUCAACACCCGAAGUCCGAUCAGAGUCCUCAACGAGAACUUCCUCUCUCUGCAGCUGGACCCCUCGAUCAUCAAAGACGGGUGGCUGGACUUUCUGAGCUCCAAGCGGCUCGUGACCCUGGCGCGCGGCCUGUCGCCUGCUUACCUGCGCUUUGGCGGAAAAAGGACCGACUUCCUGCAGUUUAACAACCAGAAGAACCUGGCUAAGUUCAGAGGACCAGGACCCGACUAUUACCUGAAAAACUACGAAGAUGAUAUAGUGCGCAGUGACAUUGCUUUGGACAAACAGAAGGGCUGCAAACUGGCCAACCAUCCAGAUAUCAUGCUGGAGCUGCAGAGAGAGAAGGCUGCCACCACACAGCUUGUCCUGCUGAAAGAGCAGCUUUCCAACAUCUACAGCAAUAUCACAAUAACAGCCAGGUCUUUAGACAAACUGUACAACUUUGCUGACUGUGCUGGUCUACACCUGAUCCUGGGGCUCAACGCACUGCACAGAAACCCAGACAACUCCUGGAACACCUCGUCCACGCUGAGCCUUCUGAAGUAUGGCGCUGGCAAGAAGUACAACAUAUCCUGGGAGCUGGGCAAUGAGCCUAAUGCUUACCGCAGCAUGGUGGGCCGCGCGGUCAACAGCACCCAGUGGGCUCAGGACUACGCUAAGCUACGAACCCUGCUGCAGUCUGUACGUUACUACCACAGAGCUCACCUCUAUGGCCCCAAUGCUGGACGACCCCGGAAAAACGCCAUUCUUCUGCUGGACGGGUUCAUGAAGAAUGCUGGCUCUGCUGUAGAUGCAGUUACGUGGCAACAUUACUACAUGGAUGGGAGAGUGAAAAAGGUAGAAGACUUCCUUAAAACACGUCUGUUGGACACAUUGACAGAGCAGAUCAAUAAAGUCAUAAAGGUCGUGAACUCACAUACUCCAGGUAAAAAGGUGUGGCUGGGUGGACUCGGGCCAGCGUGGGCCGGAGGCAUCAGUAAUCUGUCUGACACAUAUGCUGCUGGAUUUCUGUGGGUGAACACACUCGGUAUGGCUGCUGUGCACGGGGUUGACGUUGUCAUGCGUCACUCAUUCUUUGACUAUGGAUACACACACCUUGUGGACCAGCACUUUAACCCUUUACCUGAUUACUGGGUAUCCCUGGUCUUCAAGCGACUCGUGGGUCCGAAGGUUUUAGCCGUCCGAGUGGCCGGACUGCAGAGGAAACCCCAGCCAGGAAGGGUCAUACGAGACAAGCUACGUAUCUACGCCCACUGUACCAGCUACUCCAAUCAUAACUACGUGAGAGGAUCCAUAACGAUCUACAUCAUCAACUUGCAUCGGUCACGGAAGAAAAUUAAACUGGCGGGGACGUUACGCAAUAAGACCGUCCAUCAGUACCUGCUGCAGCCGUACGGAACUGACGGACUUAGGGCCAAACAUGUCCAGCUGAACGGGGAGAAGCUGUUCAUGUUGGACAAUGAGACGUUCCCAGAGCUGAAGCCAAAGACACUACGGGCUGGACGGACGAUAGCCAUGCCUCCCAUGACCAUAGGCUUUUAUGUCAUCAAAAACAUUAACGCGUACGCCUGCCGACGAUAACACUGACCUCUCUAUAUCCCUGAAAUACAGACCAGAUGCUCAUUAAAUACGUGUAGGCUAGAAUAUUUAAUUAUCCUCACAGUUACAGGGAAAUUUUGGGUGAAUACAGUACAGUGUUGUAUCGAUGUGGAUGUGGAUUCCUCUGAUCAACACCUCUUCACCUUUAAGCCAUUCUAACACAUUUCUAUCAAUUUUUCAUGAAAAGAAAAAACAAAGACUUGCCCUCUACACACAUACACUAACAAGGGCUGCACUGAGAACCUCUCCAUUUCUUCACCAGCUAUUCCUCAUAUGCUACGAGAUUGUUUUCUACUGUUUUAUGCCUCUGUUUUUUAUCGUUACAAAAAUGCAAUACCAAAAAAAAAAAAAAAAGAA